ACUGGCUGGGCUGCUGAGCUGCUCUCCGUCCGUCGACAGGCCAGAUCCUCCCUCGUCAUCAAGCCUCGAAUCGCGAGUUACCAACCCCCACCAUCAACUUUCCUUUGCCUUCGCAUACCACCGGUGCUCAUAGGGCAGGCCUGAGCGAACCAAACACCACAACCUCGAUCACCUUUCCAACGAACCAGCAUUGGCAUCUUUCGGCUGCUGCACCUUCUCCCCCAGCGCGCACACACACACAUACGCCCAGCAUGUCGCAUCGCGGACCAUCGUCGGGCUACGGCAUUGGAGGACAACCUGGCCCCUAUGGAGCUGGCCCUUCAGCACCCGGACAAGAGAAUGGCGGCUUCGUCGAGCAGAUCCGCCCGUACACAGACAAGGUCGAGGACUUCCUGGAUACAGUCAGUGACCCAAUCAAGCCGUAUCUCCCAGCCAUUGGGCGCUUCUUGAUCGUUGUCACAUUUCUCGAGGACACACUGCGCAUCAUGACCCAGUGGAGCGACCAGCUGAUCUACCUGCACGAUUACCGCAAGAUCCCCUCGGGUAUCACCCACCUGUUCCUGCUCUCCAACAUGGCUGCGAUGGCCGGCUGCUCGACCUUGGUCAUCAUCCGGAAAUACUCUGACUACGCUGUCGCUGGUCUCAUGGGCGUCGUCGUCACCCAGGCUCUAGGCUACGGUCUCAUCUUCGACCUCAACUUCUUCCUCCGCAAUCUCUCGGUCAUUGGCGGUCUGCUCAUGGUCCUGUCCGACUCGUGGGUGCGCAAGACCAAGGCGUUUGCUGGCCUGCCCCAGAUCGACGAGAAGGACCGCAAGAUGUACUUUCAGCUCGCCGGUCGCGUGCUCCUCAUCUUCCUCUUUGUCGGCUUCGUCUUCAGCGGGCAGUGGUCGAUCUGGCGCGUUGCUGUCUCGAUCCUGGGUGCCGGCGCCUGCGUCAUGGUCGUCGUCGGGUUCAAGGCCAAGUUCAGCGCCACCCUGCUCGUCGUCAUCCUCAGCGUGUUCAACCUGAUUGUCAACAACUUCUGGACGCUGCACGAGCACCACCCCCACAAGGACUUUGCCAAGUACGACUUCUUCCAGAUCCUGUCCAUCGUGGGCGGUCUGUUGCUUCUCGUGAACAGCGGCCCCGGUCAGUUCUCCAUCGACGAGAAGAAGAAGGUCUACUAGAUGUCGCCGCAACCGCCAACAACAGCGAUGGCCUCGGAUGUUUCUUGAGGGCUGCUCUAUGACGACAUGUAUAUGAUACCAACGACAUGUGGAAGGCGAAUGGAGCACAAUGGUGCGCCUUUGAUACGCCGCUCGGGGCGAUUGGUGAUUAUUGUGAAGGGAAAAAAGACAGGGCUAGUAGGUUGGGAGAAGGCCGGAAUGGCAGAGAUCAUGUUUGAAGCCACGUAGCGGAGGCACGAAAUCAAAAACGCAGUGUUGGAUCUUUCACGCGACUUCAGAUCAGGAGUGGUUGCGCUAGCUGGACCAAGCUCAGCCCUAAUCUAUUGUGACUAUGCCACCCCUGGUGCAUGUCAACAAUAGAGCUCCCUCUCAGCUCCAACAAGUCCUUCUGGGCCCCCUAUGUACUGGAUAUUGUCGACACGCAGUGAGAACAUGAUCCAUUCGAGAUCGAUAU